UUCUUGUGUUUUACUUUUUGAACGGUGGAAGUGCUACAGGUCGAAUAAAACUUGCACUGAGCUUGCAACACAAGCGAUUAAAAAAAACACUUGACAUUGACAACUCGCGGCUGGUUAUUUCGCAUCAUUGUUACAUUUUAUCAUUACAAAGAAUUUCGGAAGCUUGUGUGGUGUUUACGAUGAGUUACAUCUUGAAAUUACUUCAGUAACUUUCUAGUACACCAUGGAUCCAAAUAUCUACGCGCUGGUGCUAGACACCCUGAACCGAGCCACCAGUCAGGAUGCAGAGGUGCUGAAGCCAGCUGAGAAAAAGCUGCAAGAAUGGGAGAUUGAGCCCGGCUUCUACUCUGUCCUGCUGGACGUCCUCUCCAACCACACCAUAAACGUGAACGUCCGCUGGCUCGCAGUCAUGUGCUUCAAGAACGGCGUGGACCGCUACUGGCGCCGCAACGCGCCGCACGCCGUCUCCGAGCAGGAGAAGGAGAAGCUGCGGCUCGGGCUGCUCACUCCUAAUGUUCUUAGUGAACCCGUGGCGCAGAUAGCGACACAACAAGCAGUUCUCAUCGCCAAGAUCGCCAGAUUGGACUGCCCGAUGCACUGGCCGAACCUAGUCCCCGACCUGCUGGGAGCAUUGAAAGCACCUCAACCACUGGUGCAGCACCGUUCUCUGCUCAUCUUCCACCACAUCGUCAAGGCACUGGCUUCUAAGAGGCUAGCUGGGGAUCGCAGGACAUUUCAGGACCUCACACACACCGUAUACUCCUUCAUCUUAAACCUCUGGCAUGAGAACACCGAGCUCUUCCUCCGCCACAUCCAAGAGGGCGCCACCACAGAGCUGAUCACGGAACACCUGGAGAAAGCCCUCCUCUGUCUCCGUAUCCUGAGGAAGCUGACGGUCUUCGGUUUCAAGAAGGCCCACGAGAGUCAAGAUGCCGUGGCGUUCCUGAAUGUGGUGUUUGACCGGGCUAAGACCAGUUUAGAGUGCAGAAAACUCCUCAAAGGCCGCGGCAUCUACCCCCUGGAGCUCUGCGAGAAGUUCAUCAUCCACCUCACGAAGGUGGCCCUCGGGGUGCUCGGCGUGCAGCCCUUCUCCUUCGUGCCGCUGCUCCGGCCCUCGCUGGAGUUCGCCAUCUACUACUGCUUCACGGAGCAGGGCAUGAGCUUCGUGUACGAGCGGUUCAACAUACAGUGCCUGAACAUUGUCAAGGGCAUACUGCAGUGUGUGGAGUUCAAGCCGCCCAAGGGGGAUCAGGUGAAGGAACCAUUGACGCUGCAAGCCCACCAGAUCAAGACUUCAGUCCUGGACACGGCCACCGUGUGCCACAUGUGCCAGGUCCUCGUGUCGCGCUACUUCCUGCUGUCGGCCGACGACCUCGCGCUGUGGGACGCGGAGCCGGAGAGCUUCGCCACCGACGAGGCGGGCGAGUCCUGGAAGUACAGUCUCAGGCCGUGCACGGAAGCGGUAUUCAUGGAGCUAUUCCACGAGUUCCGCGACACGCUGGCGCCCGAGCUGGUGCGGCUGCUGCGCGCGCUGCCCGCGCCGCCCGCCCCGCCCGCCCCGCCCGCCCGCGCCGACCUGGCCGCCGCCCUGCACAAGGACGCCGUCUACAACGCCGUCGGCCUCGCCGCCUUCGACUUGUACGACGAGGUGGACUUCGACGAAUGGUUCACGAACGUGUUGAGCCAGGAGCUGAAAAUAAAAGACGACAACUACAGAAUAAUUCGGAGGAGAGUUUGUCAAUUAAUAGGUAUGUUUUUUAAUUUUUUAUGACGUUGUUUUCUUGGUGAAGCAUCAAAUUUUAGGCUCGAAUUGAACUGUAUCGGGUACUAUGAAUGAUUAUAUAGUUUUUUUUAAAUACCACGGCGGUGGCAAACGUGCGUACGGCCCGUCUGAUGGUAAGCAGUCACCGUAGCCUAUGGACGCCUGCAACAC